CUUUCUUCCUCUUCAGGCAUUCAUAGGAAAAUGAGGCCUCCAUUCACUGGGUCCACCCGCACAAAGGUUACUCUGAGUCAUGGUUAACCAGCAGCCUGUGCGAGUGCCAGGACUGAGUAAUGGCGGUGGAAUGUGGCCUGUGGCUACUGUUAUCGCCCCAGGUCAUUUAAAUGACAACUCCCUCCCGGAAUCCAUAGUGUCACCCUUUGCCAUGGGGAGACAGCAGCUUUCCUGUGUUUGAGUCAGCAAGGUGGUGCUCUCCACUUUCCUGGGAAGUGAGGGUGCUUGUUUGAAGCAUGCUGUCUCCUCUCCCAGAGGAACCCUUGCUGCUGGCCGAACUCAAGCCUGGGCGCCCCCACCAGUUUGAUUGGAAGUCUAGCUGUGAAACCUGGAGUGUCGCCUUCUCCCCGGAUGGUUCCUGGUUUGCUUGGUCUCAAGGACACUGCAUUGUCAAGCUGAUUCCCUGGCCGCUGGAGGAGCAGUUCAUCCCUAAAGGGUUUGAAGCCAAAAGCCGAAGCAGCAAAAGUGAUACAAAAGGACGAGGCAGCCCAAAGGAGAAGACUCUGGACUGUGGGCAGAUUGUCUGGGGUUUGGCCUUCAGCCCGUGGCCUUCUCCACCCAGCAGGAAGCUCUGGGCACGCCACCAUCCCCAAGUGCCAGAUGUCUCUUGCCUCAUCCUUGCUACAGGACUCAACGAUGGGCAGAUCAAGAUUUGGGAGGUGCAGACAGGGCUCCUGCUUUUGAAUCUUUCUGGCCACCAAGAUGUCGUGAGAGAUCUGAGCUUCACACCCAGUGGCAGUUUGAUUUUGGUCUCUGCGUCUCGGGAUAAGACUCUUCGCAUCUGGGACCUGAAUAAACAUGGUAAACAGAUUCAGGUGCUGUCGGGCCACCUGCAGUGGGUGUACUGCUGCUCCAUCUCCCCGGACUGCAGCAUGCUGUGCUCUGCGGCUGGAGAGAAGUCCGUCUUUCUAUGGAGCAUGCGGUCCUACACACUAAUCCGGAAACUAGAGGGCCACCAAAGCAGUGUUGUCUCUUGUGACUUCUCCCCCGACUCUGCCUUGCUUGUCACGGCUUCUUAUGAUACCAACGUGAUCAUGUGGGACCCCUACACUGGCGAGAGGCUGAGGUCACUCCACCACACCCAGCUUGACCCCCCCAUGGACGACAGUGAUGUCCACAUUAGCUCCCUGAGGUCUGUGUGCUUCUCUCCCGAAGGCUUGUACCUCGCCACAGUGGCGGAUGACAGGCUUCUCAGGAUCUGGGCCCUGGAACUGAAAACUCCAAUUGCAUUUGCUCCUAUGACCAAUGGUCUUUGCUGCACAUUUUUUCCACAUGGUGGAGUUAUUGCCACAGGGACAAGGGAUGGCCAUGUCCAGUUCUGGACAGCUCCUAGGGUCCUAUCAUCACUGAAGCACUUAUGCCGGAAAGCCCUUCGAAGUUUCCUAACAACCUACCAAGUGCUAGCACUGCCGAUCCCCAAGAAAAUGAAAGAGUUCCUCACAUACAGAACUUUCUAAGCAACGCUACAUAGUCUUACUUGUUUUCUUUGUAGCAGGAUAAAUCUUCCUGGCAAAGGAGUAGCUGGAAUAAUGGGCUAAACAUCUGGUCUUGGAUUGAAAUAGAAUUUCUCUUUGGGAUUGUGAAUAGAAUGUAGCAAAACCCCAUUCCAAUGGACUAGUCAUGGAUCUUCCUCCCCGUGACAUGUGCAAGUCAGUCAUAGAGGGGAUUCCACUUCCACGGCAACAGAGCCUUACCUUAAAUCUUCAGUCCACUUAUAAGCAGCGAUUUUGAACUCUUUCUAGUCGUUUUUUGAUUCAAAGUACAGUUACUGAUGUGGUUUUCAUAAGAGUAACUAUGUCUCAGAUGCCUCUGUAGUGGCAGAGCAGUUUAAACUCCCUCAACUGGGAAGUGUAGCUUCUGCCUAGGACUUGUCAUUGUUGUGUUUCAGAUGCAGUGGUGGCAUUGUUUAAAGUUCUCUCCUGCUGUGUCAGAGUUGCUUUGAUGUUGGCAAGUGCUUUCCUUUGUCUCGCUCCCCUCUGACCAGCAGGACAAAAUUUUCAUGGAGCUGUCUGAUAUGAGGUAUUAACUUAGCUUAACUAAAUUACAGGUGACUCAGAGGCUAUGCUCCUGACUGAUACAGACACUAUAAUUGGCUUUUUUUGUUUUUAACAAUGGUGUGCAUGUGCAGGUGACAAAUUUGUAUGUCAGGUUACACAAGGAUGUAUUCCUAAACUGCAUGACUGUUCAAAUGGCUACUGAGUUGUCAAUUGUUUGCCAUUCGUUAGCAUAUUUAUUUGUAUUUUCCCAACAGAUGUUAAGGUACAACUGUGUUUUUCUCGAUGGUAUCUAAAAACCAUAGUACUUAAGUCGAA